AUGUUAAAUAGAUUAACCCUUAGUUUUAAAUCGGAUACAAUUGAACAGUAGUUUAGAGAAAAUCAAUCAAAAAAUGUAAAAGAAGAGUUUACUUUAUUCACAAUAUAAUGUUUGGUAUAUAUAAUAUAUUAACUGAGCUAUUUUUUCCUUUAUAUUUAUCGACAUACUUUUAAUUAGAAUACUUUAAUUUGACUAGUAUUUUGAUAAUAUUUAUUAUUGCUGGGCUAAUUAUUGUUUUCAAAUUGGUCAUAGAUAAUUAUCCAAAAUGUGUCAACAUAAUAUUACCUAUUCUAUAAAUAUUAUUUGCAAUAGUUUGGAGCGUAGAUUAUAUAUCGUCAUAGCCUUAUAUUUCAAAGUAUUCUUGGUUUUAUGGAUUUUAAUCAUUUUAUUUUCAUUCUGGUACAUAUUUUAUAUACAAUAGCCAUUAUGUAGCAAGGGUAUUAAAUUUUACCUUAGGCCCUAUGCAUAUUAGGAUUAUAUAUAUGGUUUAUUAUAUUGUAUUUAGAAAAUUCAUUAGAAUUUGUCGUUUUAUGUCUAACAUAACUUAGUGUUUUGUUAGGAUUAUUAUUUUUAAAAUAUACAAAUCUAAAGUUAAAACGAUUACAAUUUAUUGAUAAUAGAGAGAGAAACAAAUGGAUAAAAAUUAUAGAAUAAAUAGUAGAUUACCAUUUGAUUGUAGUUGAGUUUGAUAAAAGGCAAGAUCAAAUCAUUAUCAAAUAAAUUAAUGAAGAAACUAAAUCUAAGUUUUAAAUUAAUGAAAAUUAAGAUUUAAGAAAAAUACUGAGAGAUGUUUAUAAUUUUAUAUUAUUUUAGAUGACAAUAAUAAAUAGUGGAACUUCUCAAAGUAAAUUUAACAAAGAAUCCUUAGAAAUGGCAAUUCGAAAUUAGUUUUGCCAUAAUUUUGAAUAGCUAGUACCAUCUUAUGAUGUGAUUUCGAAUAUAUUGAAAUAGGAAUUUAGAGUGAAAUUAAUUUAAUACAUUCUUCAAGAUGUUUAAUGUGUUAUUUUAGCUUUUGACAGUUAAUCUAGAAAGGAAAUAAAAUCAACAUUAUCGAAUCAAAAGUUAUCAGAAAGCUUAUUUAUUUAAUUUUCUUCAAAAAUUCUGUAGAGCAUUUGUACUUAUAAUAAUAAAUUACUUGUAUUAUAAUAAAUAGUUAAUUUAUAAUUUUAUCGAAUAUGGAUGGAUAAUAAAUAAUUUAUUACAUAAAGAACUCAAAUGAAACUACCAUAUUUAAUUAAACAAUUAUAAAAUACACUAUCAAGACAGAUUAGAUUAAAAUAGAGUUUUGAAUUUAAUGAUUCUUUUUAUUUAAAUUUAAGAGCAUUAUAAAUGGUUUUAGUUGGAUUGACUUAAUUUGUAGAUUCAGAUUUUUAGAUAACAAUAAAAUUGAGUAAUUAAAUUUUAUUUAAACAUCUAACUUUUAAAUUUGAAACAAAAAGGGGAUUAUUUCCAAAUCAAAUCAGUAAUUUGAUAAAAAGAUAAUUAGAUUUUGAAGAAAAUGAUUGGAUCAAAAAUAAAUAAAAUAUAUUGGAAUGUAUUAAAAUUUUAUCCUAAAAAGUAAAAAAAAAUUAAGAUAUUUUUUUGUUUACUUUAAUUAUGUGCUAAUAUUUCCUAUAUUCAGCAUUUAAUUAAAGUGCAUUAAGAUUCAAAACAAAGAAAGAUUAAAGAUAAAAAGUUUCAUUUGAAAUUCUUAUUUGA